CGGGGCCCGAGGCGGCGGUGGCGGCCGCGGCCAUGUCCCGCCGGGGGCCCGCACAGGUGUCGGGCAGCCUCCGGCGGAGAGCAGCACCGGGCACGGCCCCGUCGGAGCUGCAGGAGCUGCGGAGCCGCACGGAGCGCGCCGAGCGGCGGCUGCUGGCCUGCGAGAACCUGGUCGGGGAGCUGGGCAGCGGCCUGGCCGCCCUGAGCACCCUCCUGCAGGGCUACGGGCAGCUGCAGCAGCGCCUGCUCAACCUGGAGAACCUCCUCAAGAACAGGAACUUCUGGAUCCUGCGCCUGCCCCCCGCCUCUGGUGGGGAGAUCCCCAAGGUGCCGCUCACCUUCGAUGAUAUCUCGGUGUAUUUCAACGAGCUGGAGUGGGAGAGGCUGGAGCGCUGGCAGAAGGAUCUGUACAGGGCCGUGAUGAGGGGCAACUAUGAGACCUUGGUGUCCCUGGACUACGCCGUGUCCAAGCCCGAGAUCCUGUCCCAGAUGGAGAGGGAUGAAGAGUUCAGUUACAAAGAGGGUCAGGAGCUCCCAUGGACACAGACCGGGGAUGGUCAGGAGCUCCUCCAGGCAGCAGAAGAGAGGGACAAGGCAGAGGAGGCUGCAGGAGAUGGAAGCCCCAUGGGAGCUGCCCCAGAUUGUGCCAAGUCCAAGCCCAGCAGCUGGACCUGCAUCGAGAGGGAUGAAGAACCCAGCAAGGAAAAGGGUCCUGAGCCCUCAUGGACACAGAGUGGGGACAGCCAGAAAACCCCACAGAUACAGAAUGGGGACAGCCAGAAAACCCCACAGAUACAGACUGGGGACAGCCAGGAACCCCCAGAGACACAGACUGGGAGCAGCCCGAAAUCCCCACGGACACGGAGUGGGAACAGCCAGAAAACACCACAGAUACAGAGUGGGGACAGCCCAAAAUCCUCAUGGACACGAAGUGGGAACAGCCAGAAAACCCCACAAAUACAGACUGGGGACAGCCAGAACCCCCCACAGACACAGAGUGGGGACAGCCCAAAAUCCUCAUGGACACGAAGUGGGAACAGCCAGAAAACCCCACAAACACAGACUGGGGACAGCCCAGAGUCCCCAUGGACACGGAGUGGGAACAGCCAGAAAACCCCACAGACACAGACUGGGGACAGCCAGAACCCCCCACAGACAGAGACUGGGGACAGCCCAAAAUCCUCAUGGACACGAAGUAGGAACAGCCAGAAAACCCCACAAAUACAGACUGGGGACAGCCCAGAGUCCCCAUGGACACGGAGUGGGAACAGCCCAGAGUCCCCAUGGACACGGAGUGGGAACAGCCCAAAGUCCCCAAGGACACACAAUGGGAAUAGCCCAAAGUCCCCCAGGACACAGAGUGGGAACAGCCCAAAGCCCCCACAGACACAGAGUGGGAACAGCCCCAAGUCCCCACAGGCACACAGUGGGGACAGCCAGACACUGCCUCAGAUACAGACUGGGGACAGUCAGAACCCCCUCCAGACAGGUGUCCCCAACAAUCAGAAGCCCCCACAGACACCAGGAGAGGUGGAGCAGCAGGAGGAGGCUUUGGGAGAGGACCCCAUGCCCAUGGAAGCGGGCCCAGAGCUCCCCAUCCUGAUGAUGAACGUGAUGUCCCUGGGGGACCAUCAGCAGGGGACAGUGGCAGAGGAGGACGGGGAGAUGGAGGAGGACCCAGCAGAGCCUGACACUGAGGAAGCCUUCUCCAUGGAAGAUGAAACACCGUUUGAAGAGGCUUCUCCUGAGGACAUCAAGGUGAAGGAAGAGGAGCCUGAGCUGCUGGCAGAGGAAUCCACCCCCUCUCCCGGCUCAGAGAUCCAGAAGUGCCCCAAAAACGAGCUGGUGAAAGCCAAGAUGAAGAAGAAGCCGAACCGGUGCGAGGCCAGCAACCUCCUGAUGGGCAACUGCCGGCGCGGGUACGUGCGGGAAUGGUCCCACCCCUGCACGGAGUGCGGGAAGCGCUUCCGCCUCAAGAUCAACCUCAUCAUCCACCAGCGCAGCCACGCCAAGGAGGGGCCCUACGAGUGCCCCGUGUGCGAGAUUGGCUUCAGCACCAAGCGGCACCUGGACCUUCACCGCAGCAUCCACGUCAAGGACAGAGCCUUGGGCGCCAAGGUCUGGGGCAACGUGCACCCCGAGCUGCGCAUCCGCCCGCGCAGGGAGCUGUGGGCGGCACCGGCCACGACCGCGGGGGCCUGGCUGGGCCAGCCCAAGGAGGAGCCGGACAGAGAGGGCCUGGCUGGCUCCGGGAUCGUGCAGCCACCCAACCCCAGGCAGAAGUGCCCCCUCUGCAAGAAGUUCCUGUCCUGGUCCACGUCCAUGCGGCGGCACCUGAAGACCCACGCGCGGGACCGGCCCUACUGCUGCAGCUCCUGCAACAAGUGCUUCACCCGCAGCAAUCACCUGCUGCGCCACAAGAAGAUCCACGAGAGGGCUCUGGCCGCACUCCAGGGGGAGGCCAAGGCCCAGCCCCCUGCUGCUAUCCCGGCAUCCCUGCAGCACCAAGCUCCCGAGGCCCAGAGGAGCCCUUCCCGAGAGAAUGGGAGGCCUGAGGCUGCAAAAGCGAGCCUGCCCAAUGUGCUGCUGUUGGGGACAACGCCACUGAGGCUCCCGGGCAAAGGCUCCCCGCUCCCUGACUGCAUCAGGAAAGCCGUGCAGCCCGUGGUCCAGCUGGGAUCCAGGGCAGUGGCUUCGGAGAUGACAGAGAAAUGACAGGCCCUGGGACAGAUCUGAGCUGUGCGUGUCUCUGGAAGGAAGCUGCGAGUUUGUUGGGUUUGCACCUGGUGGGACACAGAGAAUGGGAAUCUGCUGUGUUUUAGGAGCUUCCUGGGUUGCAGAAAGAAUGGGAAGCUUGGAGACCACAACAGAGAGCAAAUUGCAGAAGCCUCCAGUGAUCCAUAAUGCUUCACCAUUCCACUGACUUGGUCCUGUUGGCUGAUACUUGGAAUUUUCCCAAGCUGACAUUCCUGGGAGAUGACCAGGUGAAUCCUGGUCAAACAGGAGCAGAUCUUUCACAUUCUUUGAUGUUGGAGCUGACCCCUUGCAUUCAGAAACACAACUGAAGAGGGCAGGGAGAAGGGAAUGGAGCUGGCAGCAUUCCUAUGCAGCCCUUUGCUCCAUGGAACAAGUGUCCUGACUGAGACACCAGAUGGAGAGUGACAUCUCUGAGACCCCACCUCAUCCUGGCCACCCUGGGGAGGAGAUCAGCCAACAGCCCCUCCAGCAGGUUGGGAACACUGGAGCUUUGCACUGGAAGAUGCACAGGACAAACCAAACCCCAAUAUUCUGUGCUGGCAUAUUCCAGGGAUGCUGUCAGGUCCAUGAGGAAGGCCACAGGCACCCUCAGGACCAUCCUGCACGGGUGCAGAGUGAUUUUAGGAAUACUUGACGGGUCAGCCAGCCCCAUGCUGCAGCAGCACCCUGAUCCCCGUGGAUCCACCUGCACAGAGCAGCCCCUCAGCUCUGGGGGAAACUCCCACUCUCCCAACCACAGCUCGUCCCCUUUUGCCCAAAAUCCCACCUUAAUGAAUCCUAUGGGAAAACAGUUCUGCAGCUACCUCAGUCAGGGAGAGCGGACCUGCCUGGAGGCAGCCAGUGGAAGCCAGGCCUGGCAGUGCCCCAGUGUCCCCUGGAGCCACCAGAGCAGUGUCCAUGGCCAGAGACCCACGUGCCUCCCACAUUCUGGGUGUGCACAGGGAGAACCUCCCGCCCGGAGCCAGUGCCACACGGACACGGUGGAGCAGCUGCUGGGACUCCUGCAUUUCGUUUUUCAGGUUUUUUUGUUUUGAGCUGUUUGAUGUAACUAUUUGAUAUCCUGAGAUCUCUGUCCCUCUCUGAGCAGUGAGCACUGGAAGGCUUUUCCCAUCUUUCAUUCCGAGUCACUCCCAGGGUGUGAUGGUGCUGCUGUGGGAAGCUUUGGGAGCUGAGGGAACGCCUGUGCCACAUCCAGGUGUGAUCCUCAGCCACCUCCUGCUCCAUGGGAUGGACAGCAGCGUCUGAGCUGCUCCACAGGAAUACACACAACAUCCCACUGCUCCUCUGUGCUGGUCUCACACACUUUCUGCCCCUGGGAUUGCAGUGUGGAGCAUUCCCAGCCUGCAGCAGGAUCCAGGCAGGGUGCCGGUGGCAGACACAUGACCAUGGAUCUGGCAGUGAGCCAGUGGCUGGUUAUCCCUGUUAGCCCUGCCCAGCAGAGAUCCCAGUGCUCCCCAGGUGAUCCCAGGGGCAUGGCCGAGCUGGUGUGUCGGUGCUGAAGGCCAGCAGAAGGGCCAGCAGCUCCAGCCUGGCAUUUCUCAAUCUGCUGUGACCGGGAGCAGUUUCCUGCGACAUUCCCGAUCCCUUUCUCAGGCUGUGGAAUCAAUAAAGUAUUUGUCUCUAUGUCUGGCUGCUUUGGGGGCUGCGCUGGUGCCUGUGGGCUCAGAACUGGGAUCAGCCAGGACAGCUCUCAGCAGGAGGGUUUUGGGAGUCACUGCCAGCAGCUCCAGAGCCCCCAGGCCACUGGGAGAGUUGUGGAAUGCCAGCCGGGAAGGAAGCAAAGAAGGGCAGGGGAUGGCGUGACCCUGGCCAGCAUGGGUGGGACAUGUCCCUCAGCACUGCCAGGGAGUCCCGCGGUGCCCAGAUCCUACUGAGAAUCCUGUGGGGGAUUCCUGUGGGA